AUGGCCUCUCAAAUUUCACCGAGUCAAAUGAAGGCUGAUGUCGACAAUCGCCUAGUCAACAACUCUCGAAACCCAAGCAGCUGUCCUUGCGGCUGGUAUGUCUACUACUCGGCUGUCUGUGGGCAUGUGUACCAGGAGGUCAAGUUCCAAUGCGGUGCAUACGAAGACAUAGAAUACGCAGGCGGCAAUAAGCCCAUACCAUCCGGUCGAGGUAGGUUCUGCAAAACCACGGCACCGAAAAAUAUCGUCCAGGGGGUGCAGAUCAACGAAAAGUGCCCGUAUUGCUGA